UUUAACUUUCUAAGCAUCGUUAAGCAAAAUACUUCAAAAUAUUUUACAAUUUAAAAUAAACGUUUUUCUGGCAAUGUGAAAUGGAUAUCACCAAAACAUCAAGCGCUGAGGAAACGGAUAACACGGAAAAUAACACCAGCCAUGCUAGGAACUUACACGAAAACGUAUCCAAAUUCUAUGCCACUAUUGGGAAUAUUUCCAGAAACAUGCGGAAGGACGAUUGGACAUAUUUGCAACGCCAUCCGGAAAUUCGAGCCAUAAUUCGGGUCAUUACAGCCGAGGCGGUUAAGGCACGGCCAUCGAAUAUAUACCAAUUUGCAGCCAAGUUAUUUGUAGCCGAAAGGGACGUGGAGAUGGUAGAAAAGAUAAACAAGCAACUUAAGUGGCUGGACGAGCAGUUGCGAGGAGGAACGUGGAAUCCUGCCGAGGGAUGUGCUCAGUUUCCAGAAUCCAGCGAGACUUCUUCAGAAACUAAAUGCCCAACUCCCGCUGAGAAUUUGAACGUAAUUGAGAAAGAAGUUUGCCCCGAAAAUUUAAAGCCAAACUGCAAGAAAUGUUAAGAAUGUGAAUUUAAUAAAUUCAACUAACAUA